AACAAACGGCCUCACAGAAGUCCAAGAUAAGAAGAACACAUUCAUAGUUGAUCUACUCACCGGCAACUAAUAAUUAUUACUAACGAUAGAGUUAUGGCAGAGGGAGGCGUGGAGAAGUUCUUCGGCGACGACCGGCGAGUGCAAGUUCCGACACCUCGGAAUGCGGAGUCACUUUGCCACUCAGUUCAUGCAUCCAUCUUCCAGGUACGCUCUGAGUGCGAAAAGUGCAUCGGGUCCGCCAAGAAAGGCAAGAUAUCGCCCGGCACAUGCUUUAUGGUAAAACAGCUCAACGACAAGAGUGAAGUCCCUGAAGACCAGUGCUACUAUUUCACAACGGCAGCGCACGUCAUUUUUUGCAGUAAGCCUGACCAUGGGUAUUGUUUGGUGCAAGUGGUGCGCGACUGGGAUCCAAAGAAGGAAGAGCCCGACUGCACGUUUCUCGCGGAUGGAUUAUUCGUGGAAGAAAACAAUGACCGAGGAUGGCUGCGCGUGCCCGAGGACUACAAAGACAGCUGUGGAGAAGGCAAGGAGGUCUUCGAUCGCUAUCCGUAUGAUUACGGAAUUAUUGCUCUCCGCAAGGACAAGGUGGAGGAGGCGCUGAAGAAGGAGCUGGACAAACUGUUGGCUGAUAAUGCAAUGCUGCAGGAGCCAGGAAAAGAACGUAAGGAGUUCGUUGACCAAACGUUCCUGUGCGGGUUUCCAGGUCUAGUAGGGAGAGAGAACGUAGAGAAGUACGUGCUAGGUCACAUGUACUGGGUGCAUACCUCAAAAUCCGAGAAAGCCGAGCCGCUGGACGAGGGUAUUGCCAUUCAAGAGCGACAGAAGUUGGAGAGAAGGACCUCUGCACUAUUCGCCAUGCCACAGCGUCAUUUGAAUGACAAGGGCGACGGAAAGAACAAAAGCAGGAGUGAUCAGUAUCUUGUUGUCAAGCGACUCUACCGUCACUACAUUGAUUCAAGCGGUGGACAGAGCGGCUCGCCCGUAUACUCCUAUGGUGCUACGCCUGAAGAGUUCAAGGUUCAUGGCAUCCACGCGGGAUACUGGGAGUUUGCAGGUGCAGAAGAAGCUUUGUACUGCAAUGUAGCAGUGCGGUUCCGGGAGGUCUACCGAGACAUGCUGACGUGGAUCUCAUCCAAGAAGGCAGUUCCAAAGAAAGCUGAGAAGAUUUCCACGGAAAAAUUCAGAGCUAUGGAGCCCAACUUUGGGAAACUCCACUUCUUUCACCCUGGAAGCGAAGGAAUGAGGAGUGCGGAGCCCAGAGAUGACGGCCAGGACGAACCUGUCGCAGAUCCGACAACAGCUCGCCCCGUUGCCCGCCCACUGGGCCCCAUAGGUUCGAAACGCCUUAAAGAUAUCGACGACCACACAACAUUUGUUGAGAACCUUCAAGAUUUCUUCAAUAACACUGAAAAGAGAGGCUUCGGUCGCAAAGCAGUCGAGGCUGUGGAACCAAGCCGUAAGAACAAUUCGCAUAACGUACUGAGUGGUUUUUAUAAGACCAACAAGGAAUCCAUCAAUGGCCCGGGGGAGGGCCAAGAGAACUUGAUGUGCAUCAUCUACUAUCUGAUCGUCAAGAAUGGAGAGAUGACUAUACAUGAUUUGUUUGAGAUGCUCAGAGCAUGUGCACCGCAGAACACAGACGCAAUAAAGAAAGAGCUGAUGGAGGCUUCGUACAACUGAGCAGUGUCGUGAAGUCACCAUGGCAACUACCCAGGUGCACUACGCGAAGGUCACCAGAUGUCUGCGGCAUAGUCGUCUUCUGCGGUUUGUUCUUGCGAAACUGCGCGCUGCAUUGCUCUGCAUUACUCUGCAUUACUCUGAAUUGCUCUGCAUUACUCUGCAUCGCUCUGCAUUGCUCUGCAUUACUCUGCAUACCUAGUAGAAUACAUGUGACUGUUAUCUCUUUGCCAUUCUAUGUUCGAAGUCGGAAGAAAAUGUUGAACGGUCUAUGCUGGGAUGACGGCUACACCAUAGCUCAGUGGUUAGAGCAUCGCUGGCCACAAGCGAGGGCCGAGGGUCCCUGGUUCUUGUCCUGGUGGUGACAUUCAAUUUUCAUACAGAUUUUUCUCUUUGCCCUUCCCUCAGCUAGUGAGUAUGACGAUGUUUUCUCUGAUUUUAAAUAAGUUGCCUUGGGCCAGGUCUGCCUGCUGGGAAGCAUGGCUUGCUGCCCGUGUGUUUAUCUGCUACGUGCAUUUCUUUCAUACUGAGGAGGAGGAAGAAGUGUUUGCGCUCUUGUCUCCAAGGAAACUGUGCAUGCAUUUCUUUGCUUACAUAAUAUUAUUAUGCCUUCCGUGACACGUGCAUGCUGAAUACUCUCCUUUCGCCUGCACAUGCCUUCGCUAAGUAUCGGUGUUUGAUGUUGCGCUGUCGUACCCCGCCUCUCUGUGUCCUGCGUAUCAUAUUGCUACAUGUCUUCCUCUCGUCUUGUUUUUCUCUCUCUCAAAUAUGUCCUUCUCUAUUUUUCUUGGCGCGCUUUGUCUGUGCAGACGCCGAGACCACCAAGGUCGGCUGAGCAGCAGGGCCCCGCCACUACUUUCCGCAUUCAUUCGGGAGCAUAGUGGACUUAGAAAGAAAAAAAUCCUUUUCCUUCUA